AUGACGCGACAGUUCUCGGCCACGGGCGCAGCUCUGGUGGCGCUGCUGGCGCUCCCUGGCAUCGCGGCGGCGACGGAGCUCAACCUGCCGUCGUAUCUGUACGGCGACCCGAUCAAGGUGGAGUGCAUGAACCGGAGCUCAGAGACGGGCGAGCACAUCCAGCUGGACAACGAUGAGAUGGAGUGGAUUCCGUUCCCAGUCUGCAGCGAGACGCAGAAGCCGCUCGAGUUCCGGUACGGGGUGGAGGCCGAGCAGAACUGCACGAUCGCCAUGAUCUCGGAUCCGUUUUUCCAUCUGCUCGAGUUUUACGUGCACUCGGACGCGCCGCUGGCAUGCCGGCUGGCGACACGGCCGGCGCCACACAUCGAGACCGUGGGCGAGCGGCCGUACGCGGCCGAGUACGUGCCGCUGGUGUUUGCGCUGGCCGGCACGCUGCAGCUCAGCCACCUGCACAUGGCCACACACCUCAACGUGCUGCUGCACAGCCUGCCGAAGCACCACAUCCACCCGCACGACAGCGGCGUGCUCGACUCGGGCGUGGCCUACAGCACCAGUCCGCUCGGCCACACCAGCGACGGCGGCGGCGACACCCACCACACCGGCACUGCUCUGCGACGCCUCGUCAUCGGCGACCCUCUGCCGCUCAGCCUCUCCGUCCGCUGGUUUCCCACGCCAGCUCUGCCCAAGACCGAGGGCCGGGUCGAAUGGGCCGGCAUGGGCAAUCACGUCAGCGCCAGCACCGUCUUUUACGGCCUCGUCUCCUUUCUUGCCGGCUCCAUCGUCUCGGCCGUCUACUUCUUCGGCACUGUCCUGCCCCGUCGCCUCAAGGCUCGCAGUCUUGGCGGCGCCACGCCCCUCGGCUACGGCGUCAACGGCGUGGGCAACGGCUGGGGCAUCGCGCCGAAGCGGGCUAUCGACUAG